AUGGAGCGCAGAGCAGUCACAUAUUUCCUACCACGUCGCUGUGGGACUACAACGAAUAAUUUCCAGCGGAUCUUCAUUGGGAAUAGACCACAAGCAUCCUACCAGAGUAACUGGGCUAUCAAGGCUGAAAAAGGAUUGACAGAUACUGCUGAAGUGUCAGUGAAGGCCACAGAACUACCUUACUCUCCGCUUGCUCGCUUACCAGUAUCAAGCGUCAUUCGAAGCCUUUUGCUCAGCAUCUUUUUUACCUCGCCAUUGCUGUUUAACCCAGGGUUAGCCAUAUUCUCAAGAAUUGCUCACUCAAACACGGUUUUCCUCAAUCCAGAUAAAAACCCAAUCCUACGUGCGGUUAUCCGACCUGUCAUCUAUGAUCAAUUUUGUGCCGGCAGAAAUGAGAGAGAAAUUCAAAAUACAUCUAAAGCUAUUAAACAGCUAGGCUUCUCUGGGGCUGUUCUUUGCUAUGGGAAGGAAGUUCAGUUCAGUACGGAAAGUGGAUUCCAUGGAUACAGCGGUAAGGCAUCAGCCGUGGAGGUUGAGGUAGAGCAAUGGAAGGAAGGGAACUUGAGUACUUUAGAUAUGACUCAGGAGGGCGACUGGUUAGGCGUCAAACUCACGGGAGCUGGCCUACAAAUUACUCAGGCGUUAAUGAAUGACGAAUCUGCUCCUGAAGUCUGGGUUCGAGCCAUGGACGAGAUCUGUGAGAAAGCUGCUUCCAGAGGAUGCCGGAUUUGGAUUGAUUCCGAGCAGCAAGUCUUCCAACCAUCUAUUGAUCGUUGGACGUUCGAUCUAAUGAGAAAGUAUAAUCGAGGCGAGAAGCCACUUGUGUAUAACACCAUUCAGGCUUAUCUUAAGUCGGCCAGACAAAAAACCCAACGUCAAAUGCAGAUUGCGGCAGAUGAAGGCUGGAAGUCGGCGAUUAAGCUCGUUCGUGGAGCCUACAUUGCGAUUGAUGCAAGAGAGAAUAUUCAUGACACCAAAGCAGAAACAGAUGACUGCUACAAUGGCAUUGUUGAAGACUUACUCCGAGGAACUGGCUUCACUGUGUUUGAGUCUAAUCCAGACUUGAAGUAUGAUCUCCUAUGUGCUGGUCAUAAUACGCAAACCAUUCGCGGAGCGGCGAGAUUGGCGGACGAUCUAAUGAAAGAAUCAAAGCUCAAAGUUCAAGUGGAGUUUGCGCAGCUUCAAGGAAUGGCAGACGAUAUCGGAUGUGAGCUCAUACAAAGAGGAGAGAAUGCUAUCAACCAAAACAAAGCCACUGGGCAGAAAGUCUUCGUGCCCAAGGUAUACAAGUGUUUAACCUGGGGUUCAAUUCAAGAAUGCAUGCAGUAUCUCUUUCGACGGUUGGUGGAGAAUCGAGGUGCUGCGGCGAGAAUGAAGGAAGGUAUACCUCGAUUGAAAAAGGAAUUGUGGGAGAGAUUGACCUUAUCACGUAAGCACGUGUAA